CAGUCGUCGAGCAAGGUCGCGUGAAGCAUUUGAACUUGCUUUGACCUUGGUCGGCCGCGAUGACCCGUGUGCACACGCAGAGCCGCAUCUUGCAGACGUUCCGAGCACUGGGCGUUGUCGCUUCCGACGUGCCUGUGGCGUAUUCCCGCGCAGGAUUCAUCACGGCCGCGAUUGGCAAAAGCUUCCAGGUGUACGAGACCGAGAAGCUGACGCCCGUGGCUGUGUCGUCCCAGCUGCCAAAGAAGAUCCGCGCCAUCGCGACAGUAUUGCACAAGAACCGAACAUUUUGCGCCGUCGGGCGGGACGUGCAUGUGUUCGAGCGAGUCAAGGAAACCACGAUUUUGCAAGGCCACUUGUUACCCAUCACACAGCUCCUGGCCGUUGGCGACUAUCUGUUUUCCAUCGGCGAAGACCGUACCAUGCGUGUGUGGAGCACCCAAACUCUGGAACUGUUUUCAACCGUCGAAUUUGCCAACGACUUCACCCCCGUGGUGCUGUUGCAUCCAGCAACGUACUUGAACAAAGUCGUGGUCGGGUCUUCGGAGGGCGAGCUGCAGCUGUGGAACGUGCGCACGCUGAAGUGUAUUUACUCGUUCAAGGUUGACCGAAAUACUCGGACGAAUCUUGAAUUGCCAUGGCAUUGGUUGUAUAGGGAUGGGGCUCCGAAGUGACCAGCGUCGCGCAGAGUCCGGCCGUCGAUGUGGUCGCGAUCGGGUUGGCAGAUGGCCGCAUUUUUGUCCACAAUCUCAAGUUCGACGAGACUUUGAUGCAGUUUGUCCAACCGACCGAAGGCCGCGUGACGUCGCUGUCAUUUCGUAACGACGACAAGUCUCCGUGGUUGGCGUCUGGCACGUCGUCGGGCGAUGUGAUCUUGUGGAAUUUAGAAACCCAGCGAUUGCAGGCGAAGAUUCCGGUCGCCCAUGACGCUGACGUCGCGACAGUGUUGUUUUUGCCGUCCGAGCCCGUCUUGCUCACGUCGUCCGGCGACAACAGCAUCAAGCUGUGGAUCUUCGACCAACUCGACCAAGCGGCGCGCCUCCUCAAGUCCCGGCAAGGCCACAAAGCGCCGCCGACCAAAAUCCGGUACUAUGGCCACGACAUUCAAAAGGACGGCAUGGUGUGCCAGAUCCUGUCGGCGUCCCAGGACCGAUCGUUUCGCAUGUUUCACACGGCGCGCGAACAGCAGAGUGCGGAACUGAGUCAAGGCCCGUUGCUCAAAAAGGCCAAGCGUCACUACGACUUCAAGCUGUCCCCAAUUGUUCAGAUGGCUGCUAUUGACACCCGUGAAAAGGACUGGCCAAAUGUUGUGACCUGUCAUGCCAACGAACCGUCGGCCUAUGUGUGGUCGAUCAACCGCAAGGCUAUCGCGAAGAAGGUGCUGCGACAAAUCGACGACAACCUGUAUGACGAAGCUGUCCAUCACGGCUACAAGGCCACGGCCGUCGGCAUCAGCGCGUGUGGAAACUUUGCUCUGGUCGGGUCUCGAGGCGGCGCCAUUUAUUUGUACAACAUGCAAUCGGGCGAAAAGCGUGGGUCGUUUCCGACAGCUGCGACCGCCGCGCCGAAACUCAUCAAGGCGCUCACCAUGCCGGGUGCGUCGUACGUCCAAAAACCGGACGACUCGCUCGGAGAUAAACACACGGCUGCCGUCACGGGUGUCGUCGUCGACGCGUUGAACGAGACCGUCGUGUCCACUAGUUUGGACGGCCACGUCAAGUUUUGGUCGUUUGGUAGCCACAAGUUGGAAGGAACGUUGGACUUGAAAAGUCCCAUCACGCAUGUCGAGUUGCACAAAGAAAGCGGUCUGCUCGUCGUCGCGUGUGACGACUUUGUCCUGCGUGUUGUGGACAUCACGACGAGGAAAAUUGUCCGCCACCUGCGCGGCCAUGCCCACCAGGUGACCGACGUGUGCUUCAGUCCGGACGCCCGAUGGCUAGUCAGCAGCUCCGCUGACGGAAGCCUGCGUGUGUGGGACCUCCCCACGGGCAAAUGCGUCGACUUUGUCAAAUUCAAGCACGCUGUGACCAGCGUCACGAUGUCGCCGACCGGCGAAUUUAUCGCGACGGCACACACGACGCAAGUCGGCAUCUACCUGUGGGCGAACCGCGCGUACUUUGAAAACGUGUUUCUGGACAACGAGCCGACGGAACCCAUUGUCAUGGGCAUGCCGCUGCCAUUGAGCGAGGAAGAGAUGCCAGUGGAUGUCCAAGUCGAUAGCACGGAAGCCGCCGACCCGACCGCAACUGUCGACGAGAACGCGUCGAAUCCUGCUGCAGCGUACAAGUCCCCGAUCGGCCCAUCGACAAUGGUCACUCUUUCGACAGCCCCGAAGGCGAUGUGGCAGUCUCUGUUCCAGCUCGAACUCAUCAAGAAGCGAAACAAGCCAAAAGAAGCGCCGAAAGCGCCGGAACAAGCGCCGUUUUUCUUGCCGACUAUCCGCAAGGACGAUGUCCAUCCAUCGUUCGAGAGCCACAACGUCCCGGCAGACAAGAAAGCGUCCAAAAAAUCGUCCGACAAUGCUGUCGUUGCGAAGACCGAGUCCGACGAGCCCAUGGAGGGCUGGGGCGGCAAUGACGACGAAGCGUGGGGUGAUGACGACGACGACGUAGUGCCCGAAGACGAUUCCAAGACGACAGGCUCUCGAAUUGUCAAGUCGACGGGCUUGACGUCGUCGCGGUCCAAAUUGGCCGUGUUGUUGGAAGCAGAAUCCGCGGAAAUGCACAUGGAAGUGGAGGGCAGCUCUGCGUUGAUAUCGAAACCGCACCCGGUCCUCGAAUACAUUCAGAGUCUGUCGGCGUCUGCCGUCGACGUCGAGCUGAGUACGCUGUGCAUGGGAGAGUUUGACGACGAAGGCAAGCAGCACUUGGACUGGUUCCUCGACUUUUUGAUCACGAUGGUGCACCGCCGCCAACACUUCCAAGUCAUCCAAGUGUACUUGAACCGGUUCCUCAAGGUCCACGAAGACAUUGUCGUCGCGGACGCGGCGUUGCUGGCGAAAGUCGAGACAUUGCACACGUUCCAACAACAAGCGUGGGAACAUUUGCAGCAACUCUUGCAACACAACUUGUGCUUGGUCCAGUACCUCAGUAAAAUGCAAAUGUAAUAAUUCACACGCGAUCGAUAUAUCUACUA